GAGCCCAAAGUCUGGAUGCUCUUUCGGCGACGGCGCGGCUCACCGGGGAGCACCAGUUUGAAGUGAAGGAAGUCGCAGACAACUGUCCCCUCAUCUUCCGUGGAAUAUGGGUUCCAAACAGGAUCGAUGAGCAUGCAGCAGCCUACACGUGGUCCUUUAAUUCGUUCUCCCGCAGUAUGGAGGGUGUACUGUGGGUGCUGGAUUUCUAUGCCGUGGAGAACACCGGCAACCAAAGUGUUGCUUCCCUGGCCUGGCAAGAGUCACAUGUCUUGAUCUAUGUCGCACGAUUCAAUGCCGCCAGCAGCAUGUGGGCCUUCCCGGUUCAGUUUUUCAAUUCGGGAAUGGCCGCGGAUGUUGAGAAGGAGGUUGUCCUACCGCCGUUUGUUCACUAUGACUUCGAGCUUCUCCACGGAAGUCUCUACGAAGUUCGCAGCACCAUGUCCACAGCAAUGAAGACUGCUGCUCUCAAGGGGAUCGAACGCAUGUGGGGCAUAUCGCUGCUGGAGCAUGCGCCACAGCUCCUGCAGCUCCUGGAAGGUAAAGGCACAUCAGCCUUCCCCGGCUUGAACCGCAACCUGAGAGUGACUGUGCGCUUCAUCAAGCAGAUCGAGCUUUGCAAGCCGCUGCACGACAUCAUGACAAAGGCCAGUGGGCCGCCGGAGAAUCUUCUUCUGGCGUUCCCGCCGAAGGAUCCGGCGGACGCACAGAAGGAGAUCGUGACGGUGUUCGGUGCCGGGGUGCCCGAUGUGAACCAGCUCAUCAACCCUGGGGACGUGAGACCGGUGGGCACCUUCGUUCCAGGCCAGCGAGCUGCAGAAGGACAUACCUUCGAAUGGGAAAGGUCCUACUUGGCAUCGCCAUCGCGGCAUCUCUCGGAUGAGUUUGCGCAGCGUGCUCCGGAUGCCCCAAAUUGA